CACUCUAUAAUUGUCGACACUCCGACUAUCGAGAAGCAUCGGACGCGGUUUGUGUAAAGAUGUAGAGUGGAAGUGGUGCAGGAACCUCACCGUCGUGAGGACGGAGUCCGACCACGACUUUUGACCGGCAGACUCGAAAUUGAUCGCGUCUUCACGCGUCGGGACGGAGUGGCGCCUCACGCCUUGUCAAGAUCCAUCUCAAGACAAAUAUCGCAAGCAAACACUGGACAGACCCAUCAAGGGACAAAUCAUGCACGGCAAUCUAUGAAUGGGAGGCGUUUGAUCCGAUUGAUGUAAAGGUCUCUCGACUGCCCCGUCAAAAGCAUUGACAUCCGCAAUGGCUUCCCGCCCGGAACUCAAGGUCGACGAUGAGGUCGGCUUCUGCAAGGCCUUCCUCGAAUUGGAGAAAGGCAAAAGCCAUGACACCGUCCGCAUCUUCGACCGUGGCGACUGGCUGUCGGCACACGGAGACGAUGCCAUCCUCAUCGCCCGGACUCAAUACAAGACCACCUCUGUCUUGAAGACGCUCGGCAGCAAUCCAGGCCUGCCGUCCGUGACCAUGACCGUCACCGCUUACCGUGCCUUCCUACGUGAAGCCAUCUUCCGCCUGGGCAGACGCGUGGAGAUCUUCGAGUCUCAUGGGCGGAAUCAGUGGAAAGUGGCAAAGCAGGCCUCGCCCGGCAAUCUUCAAGACGUCGAAGAUGAGCUCGGCGCCCACGUCGACUCGGCUCCCAUCAUUCUCGCCGUCAAGGUCUCGGCAAAAGCGACCGAAGCCCGAAAUGUCGGCGUGUGCUUUGCCGAUGCUUCUGUGCGCGAAUUGGGCGUCAGCGAGUUUGUGGACAACGACAUUUACUCCAACUUUGAGUCUCUUCUCAUCCAGCUUGGUGUGAGGGAGUGUCUGCUGCAAUUCGAUGGCACGAAAAAGGAUCCAGAACUGCAGAAGCUGCGAGCAAUUGCCGAUAACUGCGGCUGUGCCGUCUCCGAGCGGCCACAAGCAGAUUUUGGGAACCGCGACGUCGAGCAGGAUCUAACGAGGCUACUUCGCGACGAGCGAGCAGCCGGCACUCUUCCCCAGACCGACCUGAAGCUUGCAAUGAGUUCUGCCGCCGCCUUGAUCAAGUAUCUAGGCGUCAUGUCCGACCCUACCAACUUUGGCGAAUACAAGCUCUACCAGCACGACCUCAGCCAAUACAUGAAGCUCGACUCGUCCGCACUGAAAGCCUUGAAUCUGAUGCCUGGCCCAAAGGAUGGCUCCAAGACGAUGAACUUGUAUGGCUUGCUGAAUCAUUGCAAAACCCCCGUGGGCAGUCGACUUCUGGCACAAUGGCUCAAGCAGCCUCUAAUGAGCCUAGAGGAGAUUGAGCGGCGGCAACAGCUUGUCGAGGCCUUUGUCAACGACACGGAACUUCGACAGACGCUACAGGAAGAGCACCUCAGAUCCAUUCCCGAUUUGUACAAGUUGGCAAAGAAGUUUCAGCGCAAAAAGGCGAAUCUUGAAGACGUUGUGCGGGCCUAUCAAGUCACCAUCCGCCUCCCGGGCUUCAUCGGGACAUUCGAAGGAGUGAUGGACGAAGCCUACAAGGAUGCUCUUGACGUAGAGUACACCGACAAGCUGCGCUCGUUCUCCGACAGCUUUUCGAAGUUGCAGGAAAUGGUGGAGACGACCGUGGACCUGGACGCCAUCGACCACCACGAGUACAAGAUCAAGUCCGAGUUCGACGAUGGUCUACGCAUCAUCCGGAAGAAAUUGGACACUCUGCGCUAUAAUAUGGAAAAAGAGCACCGCAAGGUUGGUGCAGACUUGAACCAAGAUAUUGAGAAGAAGCUGUUUCUCGAAAACCAUCGCGUACACGGUUGGUGCUUUCGCCUCACCCGAAAUGAAGCGGCGGCGAUUCGAAACAAGAAGCAAUACCAGGAAUGCUCGACACAGAAGAAUGGUGUGUUCUUCACCACCACCGCCAUGUCGCAGAUGAAGCGCGAGUUCGAGCAGCUGGAGCAGAACUACGAACGCACGCAAGGUGGCUUGGUCAGCGAAGUUGUCGGUGUUGCCGCAUCCUAUUGCCCGGUUCUGGAGAAGCUCGCGGGCGUGCUCGCGCAUCUGGAUGUCAUCGUCAGCUUUGCUCACGUGUCGGUACAUGCACCUACGGCCUACGUGAGACCGAAGAUCCACCCUCGGGGAACGGGGAGCACGAUUUUGACGGAAGCCCGCCAUCCGUGUAUGGAGAUGCAGGACGACGUUUCAUUCAUCACCAACGACGUGGCGCUUGUUCGUGGGGAGUCGGAGUUUCUCAUCAUCACCGGCUGCAACAUGGGCGGCAAAUCAACCUACAUCCGCCAAAUCGGCGUGAUAGCACUAAUGGCGCAAACGGGCUGCUUCGUCCCCUGCGCCACCGCCGAACUCACCCUCUUCGAUUGCAUCCUCGCGCGCGUCGGCGCCUCCGACUCGCAACUCAAAGGCGUCAGCACCUUCAUGGCCGAGAUGCUGGAGACGUCCAACAUCCUCAAAACCGCGACGCGCGAAUCGCUCGUCAUCAUCGACGAGCUCGGCCGCGGCACCAGCACGUACGACGGCUUCGGCCUCGCGUGGGCCAUUAGUGAACACAUCGUGAAGGAAAUCGGAGCCUUUGCGCUCUUCGCCACGCAUUUCCACGAAUUGACGGCGCUAAACGAGACGUACCCGCAAGUCAAGAACCUGCACGUCGUCGCGCACAUUAGCGACGACGACGACACGGAGAUGCAAGACGGCGACAACGCCCCGCCGCGCGCCGGAAGCAAGAACAGCAGCAGACGGCGAGAAGUCACGCUACUCUACAAAGUGGAACCAGGCAUCAGCGACCAAUCUUUCGGCAUCCACGUCGCGGAGCUCGUCCGCUUCCCGACGAAAGUGGUCAACAUGGCGAAGCGGAAAGCAGAGGAGCUCGAGGACUUCUCCGGGAGUGGGAAUCACGAUCACGAGGGGUCUGCCGCGGCCGGGGCCGGGGCUUCGAAGGAACAGGUCGACGAGGGCAAGCGGAUGUUGAAGGAGAUUUUGGUGCGGUGGAAGACGGAGGUGGAGGCGGAGAGUUUGGGGAAGGAGGACCAGGUGGCGAGGAUGAGGGCGCUGGUGUUGGGGAAUGAGGCGUUGAGGGCGAAUCCUUUCUUUGCUAGUAUCAAGGCUUUGUGAGGCGUGUUGCAUGCUCGCUGAAGGGGGCAAUGGGCGUCGGUAUGCACAGCGAAGGAUAGGCGGUUGUGCUAAUGGGCUCAUGGGCUUGCUGUAUAUUAGCUGACAGAUCACGGGACGUCCAGACGGGGGAUCAAAGUGAACGAGAGCACAGAUGCA